AUGGGGACGGCGAGCGCGUUGGCGACGUUGGGAGCGCUGCCGACUGCGAGCGCGGCGUACGACGUCGUUUGGGGAUGGUUGAUGCCGAUGGGGGUGGUGUUGGCGCUGUUGGAGCGGCGUGGAGCGAUGCGUCGGGAGGACUCCGCGGAGAGCGCGCGCGUGCUCGGUGGAUUCGUCGUUGGCGCGGUCGGGACGGUGGUCGGCACACUCGCCGCGUGGUUUGUUGUCGGACGCGCGCUCGGUACUGAGGGAUGGAAAAUCGCCGCGUGCCUGUGCGCGAGCUACAUAGGGGGGUCGGUGAAUUUUGCCGCGACCGCGCAGGCGGUGGACAUGAUGAGCUCCGGCGGGAAAGCUCUCCUGAGUGCUGGGAUGGCUGCCGACAACUUCGCCAUGGCGUGUUAUCUUGGCGUGCUUUUUGCAAUUAAAACCGACGGUCCGGACAACGUCGAGGGCGAAAGCACUGAUGGCGCACCUCAUGAAGAGCACGAUGAGGUCACAAAAUCUUCCAUUAUCGCUUCGUUAGCAGCGGCACUACUCAUUCUGCGCGCGUCGCACGCAAUAGCAGCGAUGGUGGGACAAGUGAGCUUUACGCUCGGCAUCGCAUGUCUCGUGGCGCCAAUCUUCUCUUUAGCGACGAGCGUGAUCGUGCAGUCGAUGAGUUCAGUUCAAAAGAAUUUAUGCAGUGUUCUGCGAUUCUAUGGGGCUCAAUCCAUGAGCGGUGCGCUGAUGCUGAUGUUCUUCGCUACACUUGGCGCGAUGGCUGAUUUGCGUUCAGUAUUCACCGCGCUCGCUGGCGGCUCGAUGCUUACGUUCAUUGGAAUUCUUCUCACAGUUCAGUUGCUCUUCACCCUCGCAGUGGGGCACAGAAUUUUCAAACUUCCGCUUUGGGCUGUGUUGAUCGCGGCGAACGCGAACGUCGGUGGACCAGCCACUGCUGCCGCGAUGGCUUCCGCGAAAGGAUGGAAGCGCGCAGUAUCGCCCGCUAUCGUGACUGGUAUUUUCGGGUACUCCAUCGCGACAUUUAUUGGCGUCGCAGUUGGAAGAGCGGUGGCUUAG